CUAUGUUAAUUGCAACCCUAUAAUGACAAGCAGUGUUUCGCAACGCAUAGAUAACAGCUGUUCCAAAUCGACCAAUUUUGUGAUUUCCAUCACUGGUAUGUUUUGGCGCGUUACAUUCAUUUUGGAGGGAAAAUUUCUGGGAGCAAAGUAAAAUCGUGGCCAGUUGAAAUUUGAUCAUUAGUGUGGCACGUCUCGGACAGAUAAUUUAGAUAAAAUUCGUACUUGGUCAUAGUGAUAUUUUCGCAUAAGCAAUAAGCACAUAAUUUACCAUUGCUAUCAAUUACUUUGCAUAACAAAUAAAUAAUUAAAAAUGGCUCAGCCAUCGGUAGCUGCAUUCUUUAGUAAUCGCAAACGGGCAGCCGUUGAUGAUGCCACCACAAUUAAGAAUAGGCGUCUGGCGGAACCCGCUGAAAUCGCUGCCCCCCAAAAUAUAUCUGGAGUAUCAUCAACUCCCACAGGCCAAGAUGCUGAUAUUGAUAGUCUCAAGGCGAUGGCCAAUGGUAUACGCACCCGUUCUGGUCGCCAAGUCAAACUUAUUGCCUCUACUCCUCAAGACUCGGCGAGCAAAAAGAAACCCAUUAGCAAGAUUGAGUCACACAUUAAACAGCCCAAACUGGUACAGUUCAUCCGAAAGGGAAAUCUCUCACCUCGCAAGCAACCGCCCACUCCCAGCAAGAUCGAUGAAGAGGAUAUAUCAGUUUAUUCCCAAAAAACUAAUGAACAGACACCCAAAACUAAUUUGGCAUUCGUGUGCAAGCAAAAUGCCGAUAAUGUUCAGCGAGGAAUGCGAACGCCAACCAAACAAAUCCUAAAGGAUGCCUCGCCCAUCAAAGUGGCGCCUGGCAAUGAUCUCAAGCGUCAACUGACAUUUGAUGAGGUCAAGACCAAGAUCAGCCGCAGUGCCAAGCUGCAGGAGUUAAAGGCUGUGUUGGCUCGUAAAGCUGCCCUAGAGAAGCAACGAAAGGAACAAGAGGAGCGCAAUCGACGUCUUCGUGAGGCCGGUCCAUCCCCCUCAAAGGCAUCGCAAAUGGGAGUACAGCUGAAGGAGUUCGAUACCAUUGAGCUGGAGGUGCUCACAAGCCCCCUCAAACAAUUCAAAACACCCACAAAACUGCCACCACCCACACCUGGCAAAAAUGAACUUAUGUCGCCACGUCACACGGAUGUAUCGAAGCGUUUGCUCUUCAGUCCGGCCAAGAAUGGUUCACCUGUCAAAUUGGUGGAGCCGCCGGCUUAUAAACGCUUUGCCAGCCUUGUGGAGACCAGCAAGGCGGGACAACUGCCAUUGCCAUUCAAGUAUCGGCAUUUGCUAGAUAUUUUCAAGGGCCUAGACUCGGUGGUGGCCAUGUUCCACAACCGCAAGGAAUGUAUCACCUUUAAGAAGCUGAAGCCAGCCGUGCAGCGAAUGUUGCGCAAAAAUUUUACCGAAUCGCACUUGGCCCAAAUCAAGCACGUUUAUCCGGACGCUUACAUCUUUAGCCAGAUGAAGAUGCGAAACUUUGGAUCGGUGUCGAAGACUGAUUAUUUUCAACUGGUCAUCAGUCCGAAUGUUGAGCAGUUGCCGGAACAGCAGCGAAUGAAUAAGAUCGACGAGGACGAUGUGCUCGCGUCGGCCCAGUCGACGUCUAUGAAUCCACAUGUCAUGACGGCUCGCAUUCAACGUUUCCACCAGUUGCUCCUCGGGCGUGUCAUGGAAACACAUAAGAGUUUUGUCCAAUCCUUAGACCCACCUAUUGUUAUUGACAAGGCCUUGACACGCUGGCAUCCGCAGUUCGAUUUGGAGAGCUGCCCAGAGGUCGAACUGGGUGCACUGCCUCAACCGCCAAAUGUGGAGAAGUACUCUUCAGCCAAAGAUAUACUAUCCACGGCUCGAAAUCUCUUUAAUUGUGCAACGCCUAUGGAACGGGCCAUGGAUCGGUAUGAGGCUAAAUUGCAAAAGGACCGGGCAGAAGCGGAGGUUGCCACCGCGACUUCGAAAACCUUAAGUGCCACAUCAUCAACUGCAAUACAGGAGACUAGCACAGCCACGCCCACAGUAAAAGAGUGUUCGGCCCCAUCUGAUGCAACUCCCAAUCUUCUAAAGGGUCUGCCCAAAUCUCUUAUAGAGAAAAUACGAGCCAAACAGGCAGCCAAAGCUUUAGAUGCGAUGACACGACGUCCAUCACAGGAUCAGGAGGCCACCAAAUAUACGCGACUGCCGGAACUGGCGCGUCACUUGCACCAUGCAUUCAUCACCAAACCCCCCAGAAGCACUCGCACUCUUGAGUUCGUUAUCGAAAAGAUUCAAAAUAGCUACCGGACAAGUUUAACACCGCAGGAUAUUGAGGCGCAUCUUAAGCUGCUGGCCAAGGAGUUGCCCCAAUGGCUAUCUUUCCUCGAGGUUAGAAGGACCAUGUAUCUUAAGAUUGCCAAAGACAUGGACAUGAACAAAAUAAUUGAAAAACUAGAGACAAUGGCAAAUGAGAAAAGUAAAUAAAACAAAAAACCAAAAACCAAAAAAAACCCCGGGACCAGAAGAGAAGACAUAAUUACGGCUAAUAUCCCAGACCCUGUGGCUACAUCCAGCUAAAUAUAAUCAUAUACUUAUAAUAAGGAAAACUUUAUCUUAGCAAUAUACACAAUACAUAAUAUAUCUUGUUAUUUUGACAUAUAAUACUAUAAUAUUUGACAUCAUCAUCGAUUUGUUUCAUCACAUUUACACAAUUCUUUCAUAUUAUGAUUAUUUAAUCGACAUCAAGUCUUUAUACACAAUACAUUAGUUUAUAUAUCACUUAAGAUUAUUGUCAUUAUUUUUUGUAAAACGUUGAAAUAAAUAAAUGUUAAUUUUUUUUUGGCUGGAAA